AUGGCUUCAUGUAUGGCAUUAAAACGUUCAUUUGAACAUGAUCGAGAUUCUUCCAAUAAUAAUCCAUUUGAAUCUCGAACAACAGCAUCACCAUCAUCAUCAAAACGACAACGUCGUUGUUUUCCAAUGACAGUUGUUUCAUCACCAACAACAACAACAAUGACUAAUGAAACAACAGAAUCAACAGUAUUUCCUGAUGUUCAACCAAUUUUAACGACUGAUGUUUUAUUAACUCGAAUAAAAGAGGAAGUUCGUCGUCUUCAACGACGUCAUCAGAUGAAAAUUCCAACAUCAUCUGAAUUAAGUGACGAUGAUAAUAAUACUAAUCUUAAUGAAUGUCGCUCAACAACAAAUUCACAACAUCUUUUAACACUUAAACAAGUUAAUAUAAUAUGUGCAAGAUUAUUGAAAGAACGUGAAGAAAAACUUCGUGAAGAAUACGAUAGGAUUUUAUCAAAUAAACUUAGUGAACAAUAUGAAGGUUUUGUUCGAUUUACUCAAGAUCAACUUACACGAAGAUUUUCUGAAUUACAAUUUUCCUAGCCACCAAUUUCAACAAUUAGUUCUGCGGAAUUAGAUAUGACUAAAACAUUACGAAAUGUAAAAACAUUCAAGAAAAGUUGGGAUUCUGAUAAAGCACUUAAAAGUACAUACAAAGGUUUGUUUGGAAAAUAUCAAUUACGUGCUUAUUUAUUUGUGGCAUUGGGUUAUGGUAUUGUUGCAGCAUGGUUGACAGAAAUGCCAGCAUUUGCUUUAUUAUCACCGAAGCAUAUUGAUUGCACACCACAUUAUCUGAAUAUAUUAAAUAAUCAAUCAUCUUUACAAUUGAAUAAUACAAUGUUACGAGUCACGAAUCAAAACAUGACAAAAAUAAGAAUUCAUGGACAAACUCGAAAACUAGAUUCAAUAUAUAAUUAUAGCAACGAAUAUGGACAAACUGUACUUACAGAAUACGAAGUUUUAUGUAAUAAGGCACGCGUAAAACUACCCUAUAUAGUAUACAUAAUUGGUUUAAUUCUUGGUGGUCUUGUAUUUGGUUAUCUUGCUGAUUAUAGUGGAAGAAAAAUGAUUUUAUCUGGUUCAAUGUGGACAGCAUGUAUUCUAUCAAUAUUUCAAUUACUAAGUGAUGAUUAUAUUUCUUAUGUCUUCUUUAUAUUUUUUAUUGGAGUGGCUAUUGGCGCUGUACAAGUUAUUACUAUUCCAUAUGUUAUGGAAAUGUUUCCAAUUGAAACUCGAGCUAUCUAUGGUUUAUCAUUAUUGGGUAUUGUAUUUUUAUUAGAUAUGAUUAUACCAUGGCUUGGAUUAUUAAUAAAAAAUUGGAAAAUUUUACAAGCAGUUGUUACUAUACCAUUGAUUAUUACUGCUGCUCUUCAUUGGAUAACAGAAGAAUCGAUGUUUUGGUAUACAACUCAAAAAGAUUAUUUUACAGCUGUAGUAUCUUUAAAAAAAAUUGCUCAAUUUAAUGGGGUUAAUUUUGAAGAAGUAUUUCGUGAGGCACGUGAUUUUCUUCGUGGUAAACAUUCGAAAGGUAUUCAAUGUGAUUUUCAACCAUUACUUCGACUUGAGGAUAUUAAAUCUUUAAGUUCAAAAUAUCCAGAUUUUGAUAUGGUAGAAUUACAAGCUAUAACAAAUAAAAAUAAUUUAACACAACGUAUACUACAAAUACUAACUGGUCAUCAUUAUUAUCCAACAUUAUCAACAUUUUAUCCAACAGAUUAUCUUCAUUCAUAUAUAUUAAUUAUUUAUUUACUGGUUAUGUGUGGCCUUUGGCUUGUUAGUUCUUUAACUGAAUACAGUCUUGAUGUUCCACAUUUAACACAACAUUUAACUGAUAAUUUUUUUUCAAAUUAUUUUUAUACACAUCUAAUACAAGUUCUUUCAUUUGUUGUUGCAGUUCCUUUGGUUCAUAUAUGGGGUCGUCGAUGGCCAACAUUUUGCUUUUUUCUUAUUGCAGAAGUUUGUUUACUUGGUUCAGUAGCUGUUAACUUUGAUAAUGAACCAGCACGUUCAGCAAUGCUUGUAGUUUAUUUUACAGGAAAAUUUGCUACUCGUGCUGCAUUUAUUGUUUUAAUUAUUUAUACAUGUGAAAUAUUUCCAACAGGUUUAAGAUGUACAACACUUGGUAUUUGUUAUACAUUUCGUUUAAUUGGUAUUGCACUUGCUUCUCCAGAUAUAGGCGAAAUAAACGAUUGGCGAGCUCGUCUUAUCUAUGGAAUUCUUUCAUUAGUUCUUGGUUCAAUGGCACUUUUAUUACCUGAAACAAAAAAAUUUCCCUUACCAAGAACAAUGAUACAAGUAGAAGUUAUGCCAACAUCGAUAAGUAAAAGUUUUCGUCGUCAACGUUCUGUACUUGUUAAACGAAAUAUUCGUAAAGAUGGAACACAUCCAGAAAGAGGAAAUAAUUUUAAUGACGCUGCUUCAGUAUUAUCUGGUGUACCUUCAAUUCGUCCAUAUGACAAUCAAUCAACAUUACAUAGUGUCUAUGAAUUACAAGAAUUUGGACAAGAUGAUACAGUACAUUCAAUGACAAAUCGAAAUUUAUCUCGUCGAAUGGAUCCUCGUUAUUCAUCAUUAUAUCAUCCAUAUAGUGGUAUUAAUACUGAUAUAUAUCGACAACAACAAUCUAUUGCUGAAGAUGUUGAAUAUGAUGAUGUUAAUGAUGAAGGUGUACGUUUAACAGUACAACGACAUCUUAAUGAACAACAAUUAUCUGCAAAAAAGAAUUCCAUCAUACAUACCGAUGAAGAUGUUAUUAUUUUACCAGCUAGAACAUCAAUUAGCAGUCAAUCUAUACCUGAUGCACCAUCACAACUUGAAAUAACAGCACAAAUUCAAGCAGGUAAUGUAGCAGAAGAUCGAACAGGAAUACCAAUAACACCCGACAAAACAAAAGAUAUUGAUCCUGAUGAAGCAUUAUCGCAAUCACCAAGAUACCGACGAACAAUGAGUCAAGAUGAAAAUUAUUUUUCUGAACAUUGUUGA